AUGAAGACCUCUACUAUUCUCACCGCGACCAUGUACGUCCUUGCUACUGCCUCGCCUGUCCCGAGCCCCGAAGCGUUAGCCACCAGCGAUAUCUGGAUAGGCUUGAACUUGAACAAAUGUCUCGUCAAUGCCGAAGUCAUUCCUCAGGCCAAUCUCGAAGCCCAGAAAAUCGUCGCCAAAGAGGUUAUUGAUGCAUACAACGCCUGGGACAUCGAAAGGAUCCUCGGAUACCGAACCCCAGACUGUAAGCAACAAGUCCUACCCACCACUCUCAACCGUGCACCCAAGAGCAACGACGAGUACCGCGCAUAUUUCAAGUCCAUAGAGCCUCUGUACAUUAACUUUACGGCCACUGUCUUCCAAGAGACGCAUGACCCUGAGACGCACACAUGUAUCAUACAUGCGCGGAGUACGGCUCAGACGCCGAUCGGGCCGUACGGGAAUGAGUACGCACUUAUCCUGACGCUUACAGAGGACGGUACGAAGGUUAGAUACUUCGAUGAGUUUGUCGAUUCGGCGUACACUCUGGAGUUUGGGGCGAGGAUGGCUGCCUUCUUGGCGAAUGGGACGUCCACUGGUCACUGA